UCGACUAUGGCCAGCUGGUAUCCCAGAGCUUAGCCCAAUGCUCCUGAACACGAACACACAUUCACCCACGACAUUCCGUCUGCAACGCCUUUUUCUUUUCGUUUCGAGCUGAGGCUCAUCGUUCUCCUUCCAUUCUGAACAUCCGGCGCAUGACCCGCUAGCCAAAUCAACAGCACUGCCCACGAUGGCGAUUCUCUCCAUGGCGAAAGUGGCCUCCGUACUGCUGGCAGCAUGGACUGGCUUCACCCAGGCGCAAAAUGCAGGCGAGCCAUCAGACAUCAAGUCCAUACCUCUGCGGACACAUACCUUGCAGUCGCCCUUCCUCGACUCCGACAUGCAAUCCCGCUGGUGGGACUACGGCGGCAGCACCGUAAUCCGCACCGACCAAUACAUCCGCCUCACAGCCAACCAACCCUCGCAAGCAGGCUGGCUCUACAGCCGCGUACCCCUCACAGCCACGAACUGGGAAAUCGAGCUCGAAUUCAAAAUCCACGGCACAGGAAGCCUCUUCGGCGACGGAAUGGCAUUAUGGGUGACGAAAGAACGCGCAGAAAUGGGCACAGUAUUCGGCAUGAAAGACCGCUUCGAAGGUCUUGCGAUUUUCUUCGACACGUAUAAGAAUAAUCGCCCGGGAGUGGUGUUUCCUUAUGUGAUGGCUAUGGUCGGGGAUGGACAGACGGCGUACGAUCAGCAGAAUGAUGGGAAAGCGAAUGAGUUGGCGGGAUGCUCGGCGAGAGGAUUGAGGAAUCCGGAUUUUCCUACAAAGGCGAAGAUCCGGUAUUUUCAGGAUAAGAGCUUGAGUGUGGAGCUCAUGUAUAAGAAGGAGGAUGAGUGGACGAAGUGCUUUGAGGUCGAGGGUGUCAAGUUGCCGACUGUGACUUAUCUGGGCUUCAGCUCGGAGACGGGAGAGCUGGCGGAUAAUCAUGAUAUUAUCAAGGUGGAGACUAAGAACUUGUACUCGCCCACAGGACAGACGGGUGCAGGGAGCAACAAAGAUUCUGGUCGUGGGAAGAAGAACAAGGGAUCGAUUUCCCGUCCGCAAGGCGAAAGUGGAGGUUGGGGUUGGUUCUUCGUCAAGUUCAUUCUGUUUGGCAUUGUCGUGGCAGGUGGCUACAUUGGCUUCACGAUCUACCGAACAAAGCAGAGGGAUAGAUUCUGAGGUUGGCAAUGGAGCAAGAUUUUGUUUAGAUGAGAUGCAUUCAGCAAGCGUAUGUAGUAUGAUGCAAAAAAGCACAAUGUCUAUGAAAAAUGAAUUCAAGCGACAGUAAAAGCACCCUUGGUAGGUAUGAAUUGUCCUCAGAUCAGCUCUCUAAAAGAUACCAUCAAUGACAACCAGGUCCAUGACAGACCGGUUGCCCUCAUAUUUGGCUUAUUUUCGUUGUUGCACAACGAUCAUCAGCGGACAAAACAACCGUACCACGACCUCCGCCCACAACCACCUCCCACCUCUCCUCCAAUCUGUGCGUCCUCACUGAGCAUGCAGCUGAACUUUCGAGUCGAACGGAGCAAGUGCCCUACGAUUGAAAACUAUCUUUUUGUGCGUGAUCUCAGCGCAAGACGACCUUCCUUCCUGAUCCAGUGAAGGAGACAGGAAAAGAAGGCGUCUUUACUCGAUCGAAAAUUUGUCGGUCAUCGGUACACCAUAAGUGCUAACACGUUGGCAAGAUCGUUCAGUGCUUCUCAGCUCGGCAGAGAUGUGGUGGCUUGAAGUUGAAGGGGUUGUGUGGCGUAGGCUGAAGUUGAAGUUUUUGGUGAAAAGGCGGCUACCCUAGGAUUUCUGUUCUGACUCAGCCAUCGACACGACCGCUGUAGUGAGAGACGAAGCGAGAGGGGAGAGGAAAGAUCUGUGAUCAGUCCUUUUUUGCCUCUGCGCUCUGUAUCUGCGGCUACGUGCAGGAGCGUUGUCUUGUGUUAGCUCGGUGAUUGGUUUUCCUUCAUCGGGACGUUGC